UGACUGCCAAUCGCCGAGCGCCCUGUUGGCUCUGUAAGUUCUCCGCUAUCAUGGCUACGUCAGCAUUGGGCAAGAUGGCGGUGCCCAUACAGCAGGAGCAGCUCCGUGUGGCAACCGGGCUCCGUUCCCUUCUCUUUCUGUGGCUGCUGAGUUUGGUGGGAGCAAAUGAAGGGCAGGCGGCACAGGACACCCCGCACCGGCGGUUCGAGUAUAAAUACAGCUUCAAAGGUCCUUACCUAGUGCAGGGUGAUGGCUCUGUUCCUUUCUGGAUCCACACUGGCAAUGCAAUUCCUAGCGCUGAUCAGAUUAGGAUAACUCCAUCUUUAAAAAGCCAGAAAGGAUCGGUAUGGACAAAAACCUUGGCAAACUUUCAGAACUGGGAAUUGGAGGUGACAUUCCGAAUUACAGGCCGGGGCAGAAUAGGAGCUGACGGUUUGGGAAUCUGGUUCACUGCGGCCCAGGGUCUCGAAGGGGAUGUCUACGGUGCAGCCGAUUCCUGGAACGGCGUUGGGAUAUUUUUCGAUUCCUUUGAUAAUGAUGGAAAGAAAAACAACCCUUCCAUAUUGGUUGUGGGUAACAACGGCAAACUUGUUUAUGACCAUCAGAAUGAUGGUUCCACUCAGGCUUUGGCUUCAUGUCUAAGGGAUUUCCGGAAUAAACCUUACCCAGUGAGAGCAAAGAUUACAUAUUAUAAAAAGAUCUUAACGGUAAUGAUUAACAAUGGGUUUACACCAGAUAGAGAUGACUAUGAGUUCUGCGCCAAAGUGGAUAACAUGAUUCUCCCACCCCAAGGUUACUUUGGUAUAUCCGCGGCUACUGGGGGCCUGGCAGAUGAUCAUGAUGUUCUCUCCUUCCUGACGUUCCAAUUGACUGAACCUGGACAAGAAGCUCCCCCACCCGAUUCUGAGAUUCCAAAGGAAGAAAAGGACAAGUACCAGGAGGAGUUUGACAACUUCCAACAAGAGCUGGAUAAGAGGAAAGAGGACUUUCAGAAGGAUCACCCUGAGGCAAAAGAACCACCAGUGGACGACUUGUAUGAGUCUGUGAACGACCGGGAGGUCAGGCAAAUCUUUGAGGGACAGAACCGCAUCCAUCUAGAAAUAAAGCAGUUGAACAGGCAGUUGGAUAUGAUUCUCGACGAGCAGAGACGAUAUGUGACUGCGGUCACCGACGAGGUUGCCAAGAGAGGAACAGGAGCAGGAGGCACUGGUCAUCAACCUCAGUUUGCAUCUGCAGACCUGAAUUUCCUGCUCAGCACUCAGAGAGAAGUUAUACAGCAGAUGACUGAAAUGAGAAACUCUGUCAGUGAGACCGUGCGACUUCUUAGUGGUAAUAAGCACCACGGCUCAGCGGGCUACGAGUCAACACAGCACUUCAACGAUAUCAAGGAGCAUCUCCACGUCGUAAAGAGGGACGUUGAGCGCCUGGUGCAGAAAAGCUUGCCACAAGACGUACAGAAGUGCCCAGACGUUCCUCCAUUUCCCUCCUGUUUAACCACAGCCCACUUCUUGGUAUUCGUAGCUAUACAGAGCGUUUUAUUCAUUGGCUACAUUAUGUACAGAAGUCAGCAGGAAGCAGCUGCUAAGAAGUUCUUUUGAUGACCCGUUGGCGAGGUCUAUGUAUGUAACUUCAGGAUACGCCGAGCGUACGUUUGUACAUGAGGGACUUUUUUUUUGUUUGUUUUUUAUAGAUCUGAGAUGCUUCAUUAGAUUAAAUUAUUGAAAUUUUUUGUGGAACAAAAUGAACUUUUUUGUUUAUUAAUCUCCACCAAUCAAAAUUGGGCACAAAAAGAAAACCGACAUUUUUUUUUUUAAAACUUUUUAAACCCUUGUCCAUUAAAGAGGCUCCUUUCAGUUAUUUUUUUAUGAAUUAGGCGCAGAAACUUCUGUCUGUGAAUUAUCUGUGUAAAAAAAACCUCCUCAGGGCCAUCACAUAUGUGCUUGUGUUAAUUUUAAAGGGGAACUAAAGCUCUGAAACGGCUUUGCUUCUAUAGCUUACUUUUUAUACCCACUACCUAUGAACAGACGCUCUGUGCCAGCCGCUCUCAGCUUCAGCCGAAACCUACCAGCUGGCAUGGAGCUCAACAUUCAUGGGCAGAACACACACAGAGGCGCAGUACACUUGAUAUUCAUAGCCAAUGGUAUCUUGUGAGCCAGGGCCCAAGUAUUUAAUGGAAACAGUUUAAUAUAUAGACAUGUGGGGUUCUCUGUAUUCCUUGACAAAGGAAUGUUCCAUGAGUGUUUUUAGGGGAUGCUCUGAGUUUCUGCCAAUCAUAAGGCCCCGUGUGCUGUAAUUUAGCUCUAGAAACCUAAUUUUAGGGGAUGCUCUGAGUUUCUGGCAAUCGGAAGCCCCCGUGUGCUGUAAUUUUGCUCUAGAAACCUAAUUUCCCUGUGCUAAUCUAGUUUAAUUGAAGAAUAUUUUUUGCAACAUAGAAAACAAAUGUUUUAGGGAAAAGCUUUAUUUUUUUUAUUAGGAAAAGGAACGUAUAUACACUGACUCACAUACAGUUGACCACCAUUAAAACAGGAGCAGCGACUUCUGGUUAAAGCGAUGCUGACACUUUAGACAAGCGCUAGGAGGCUCUUUAAACAACAUCAACAUCUUCCUGUUAAAAGUAAAAAGAGCGAAACGCGUCGGCAUUGGUUUAAAUGUGGUGCAAAUCUGAAACAGCCUCAACAUCACAAUUAAUCAUUUUGUUGUGCAAAAUAGGUAUAUUUGCCUCAAAGAGGUGAUGUGCGAGUGAACGAGAAUCACAGAAACUGGCGCCACUUGAGCAACUGUCGGUCCCUUCCAGGAUGGUAACAACAUGCCUAACAACAUCUGGAGGGUCCCCAGUUUCUCAUCUCUGGCCUGAAUAGAAACAAGACCACUAUAGUAUAUUUAUAUAUGUAUGUAUGAUCCUUUCUACUCCUAAAAUGCAAUGUAUCACCAUUUGUAUGUGCAUCAGCCUCAGCAAUCGUGAUAUUGCCAUAAAGACCUUUGUGUAAUAUCAACUGUGACCUUUUUCUACUAAAGGUCAGCUGCAAGUGUUGUGUAGCAUCAAGUCAACUGCUGCUGCUUUUUUCUGCUCCCCGGGAACGCUUUACUGCCUGUUGAUCUUGUGAUCUGCACCUGUCUUUGCAGCAUUUGGAUGUUGCAUCGGGGCGAAGGAAAAGCAGACUCAUUAUUAGGGAUGCACUGAAUCCAGGAUUCGGCCUUUUUCAGCAGGAUUUGGCCUUUUUCAGCAGGAUUCAGCGAAUCCUACUGUCCGGCUUAACCGAAUCCAAAUCCUAAUUUGCAUAUGCAAAUUAGGGGCGGGGAGGGAAAUCGUGUGAGUUUUAAUCACAAAACAAAGAAAGUAAAAAUGUUUUCCCCUUCCCAUCCUUAGGCGCAGAUUUAUCAAGGGUUGAAUUUCUAAUAAAAGUAAACUUCGAAAUUCGAAUAAAAAAAAGACCGAAAUGUAUUAAACAAUUGAAGUUUUUUUUGUCGGGUGAAUAGGCAGUUUUUGUUCGAAUUCAAAUAGUUCGAAUUGAAGUAACAUUGUAUUCUAUUAAAUUAAAUUCGAAU